AUGUAAAUGUUGAUGAUUGUCGAGGUAAGGUAUCCAUUAGCUACGCUUAAGAAGUAAGGAACCCUUUUUGUGCUGUCGUUCCACUUAGAUUCACUCACUCAUUCACGUAUUCCCCUUUCCACUUUAUCAUACCUUUUGCUCAAAACAUAAAAGACAAAUCUCAUUUGCCUCUGUCCCUUAGAAACCUUCAUAGAUUGUUAAAAGAUGGCUCCAAAUUUCCUGAUGCUUGUCUGCAUCUUCAUUAUUCUUGCUUCAGGUGCUAAAUUGUAUGUAAAUGCUGUAAAUUUGACCUUGGUGAAUCUGUGCAAAGAGACAAUAUGGCCUGGAAUCAUAACUCACAACAACAACCCGGGCGAAGGUUUCACGUUAAAAAUGGGGCAGACAGCCUUAUACAAUGUCCCGGAUGGCUGGAGUGGCCGCAUAUGGGCACGGACAGGCUGCAGUUUUGACAAAAAUGGUGGUAAUGCGAGCUCCAAAUGCCAAACUGGCGACUGUGGCCCUUCAGUAAACUGUACAAGUCCCGGUAACUUGCCUGUUACCAUUGCUGAACUCACUCUUGGAGUUGGCGGAUUAAUUGAUUAUUAUGAUGUCAGCCUUGUGGACGGAUUCAACGUUCCGAUUGUGGUGAAGCCUGCAAAUGGGAAAGGGAACUGCAGCACUGCCGGCUGUGAUGGUGACUUGAGGGAUACUUGCCCGUCAGAACUUGCUGUGAAGUCCAACGGGACGGUCACAGCUUGUAGGAGCUCCUGUGAUGUGUUCAACACAGAUGAGUAUUGCUGUCGUGGGACAUAUUUAGACCCUGUGACAUGUUUGCCCACAAAUUAUUCCAGCGCUUUCAAACAAGCAUGCCCUGGGGCAUCCAGCUAUGCUGGUGAUAUCCUUACAGUAACAUGCUCUUCAACAGAAUACAUUGUGGCCUUCUGUGCAUUAAGGUAAGCAAUAUGUAUCUUCAUGCAUGAAAAUUGAGUCUCAUCCCAAAGUUUUUUCUGAACAAGAACAAGAACACGUAGAUAAACCAUACGAGGAUAUUCAUCAUACCUUAUGAUGCUUACUGGAUAUUUGGUUGAUGAAUCCAGGAACCAGACAAUUUGCUCCUUUCACGAUCAAACACUUGUCUGUAGCAAUCCUUAUGCAUCUGCGGGCUUCAAAACAAUCCCAGGAAGCUGGUGGAGCCUGGUGCUAUCAUUACUUUUCACUUCUCUUCUGCAAAUUUUCAUUUUGCAACCUCUCUAGAGUAUCACUUCAAAAAGAUGAAGAUGCUUAUUUUGUUUUUCAUUUUUCUUCCCCUAUUUUUUCUUUGAAA